AUGCAUUUUAAAUUAGUAUAAAUUUUUUAAGUUACACUGACAUAUUAUAUUACCUCUCUUAAUAUUAGAAACAUGUCGAUUUCCGGUAAAUAUGUUAGUGUUGGUGAAGAAGGCUUUUUGGAUUUACUGGCAAAAGAAGGAAUGCCAGCUGACAAACUAGCAGAAAUGAAACAAAAUAGAAAUGAGAAGCACUUGUACAAUAUUAAGUUGGACGGGGAUAAAAUUAUCAUGAAACAUACAAUGGGAGAUAAGCCUGAUUCCAGAAAAAUGGAAUACAUUCUUGGUCAAACAGUCGAAGAAAAAAUAGGAAUGGGUGGUAAAACGGUACAGAGCCUAGCAACAUUGUCAGGUAGUAUCCUAACCAUUGUUUCUAGUGGUGUAGAUGUUAACAGACGUUCAAGAGUUUACAAAUUCAGCGAUGCGGGUUUAGAAGUGAUUCACAAAUCCAGUUAUGGAGAAGGAAAAUUAAUCUUUAAAAGACAAUGAUUAUAUAUAGAAUUUAUUGUAAAAUAGCUAUUUAUGAAAGCAGUUACGAAAUGCCUUAGUUUAAGUAACGAGUGAAUAUUUGCGCGACGAGCAGAGCGAGUUCACUCAACAUGAACGAAUUACAUAAAACGGCAUUUCGUAACAGGUUUCAUACUUUAUUAUAUUUUCUAAUUUUGAAUAGAUUAUUUAUAAAAUGGUGUUUUGCUAAAACGGUACUAAUAUCUAGGCAACCAAUGUUACUACUUUCUUGUAUUAUUAGUUGCAUAUGCAUAUGCAACUGGUGAAUAAUGAAUUUUUAGAAACCAGUUUCAUAAUGAUCAACAUUAUGCAAUUGGUUGUGGUAAGUAGACUAUUUUGACACUUGCUGCGAUUACAAAAAAUGUCACUUUAUAAGUCAAAAUUAGGAAAAACCCAUAAUUUUACUUACUUGUCUAUAUUAUACGUUUUGUGAGUGUCACAAAAUAAUCAUAACUAGUUUUGUGUAUUUUAAAUUAUACAGAACGUGUUUUAUAUUUCUGACUGACCAGUACUAGUUAUGUUGUUUUAACCAGUUAUUCUUGUCUACAAAAAGGAUACUUCACUUGGAAUUGCAUCUUCCGAAAAACUUACAAGGAUUUAUUUUAUCUGUGCAAUAAAAAAUAUAAUAACUGAACACGUUUCUUGUUUAAUAAAGAAUGUAAUCUGCAAAUCCAAAUGUCAUCAUUCAAGAUUGUUAAGUCUUCACUUAUUUAG